AUGUUCAAGGCCUUAUCAGCCGGGGGCCGUUCGUCCGAUGCCCGCAGCAGCUCCAGUUCUAAGAGUAGUAGCCGUCGCAGAACAGAUUCCAAAGCUCCAUCAACAGUGAGCCGCAAGUCCUCACGGGGUGACGACCGUGAUCGAGGCUUGGGUGACCUGUCAGCCUACUCAUCGUCUGGAAACCAUAGCAAGCGCUAUGCGCACAGUGCAGCAGGCGAUUCCAUUGCGUCGAGCUAUGCGACGGCGGAACCUCAUAGCGCGAUCGGACCCGACCGCAAUAUCAUCGAAAGGGCACCAAGGCGCAGAGAUACCGACGAUAGUGAGCGUUGUGAUCGAUAUCCGGACAGCGAUGACAGCGAUGACAAACCCCGACGCAGACGCACUCGCUCCCGAUCGCAGAGUCGCGAACGAACCCGGGAACACCAUGACAAAACAGAUGAGGCUGAUAAUGGAAACCGUGCAAGUAGUCAUUGUCGAGAGCGGGAACGAACUCAGCCUGACGAAAUGCCAAAUGUGCCCAUUUCCGGUGCUGGGGCAGACUUAGCUCCGAAGGUGGGAACUUUUGACCAUCCUCAAUUCCCGCCGCCGUUCCACAACACACACCCAGUGACAUCUAUGCCAAGCUCUCCCAACGUGCCCGGUGUCUACGACCCUCAUAUACAGCAGCAGUUCCCGGGUCAAUUUCCGGCCUUCGUUGCCGAACCUUACCAAUCAAAUCCUGCAGGCGCAGCAGCCGAUUACUACGGCGACCAGGGGCAGUCAGUCGCGCAACAACCCGGGGUUCGGCCUGAGCCACCAAAGAUUAUCCCCAAUAACCAAGCGCACUUGAUGCCGGCAUCACCGCAUCCCAACCCGCCGCCAGAGCCCAGUAGUAUGGGACAGUCCCCCGCAGCGGCUGAGUAUUACGCAGAUGACGCAGAUGACGCAGACUCAGAGAUCCAAGUACCCGAACAAUCAAGUAGACCACCUUCAGGACCGACACCCAAACCUCCCAGGCCAUUUAUACAGGCUGAAGAGGUCUCAGGGCCUGUUGCAACCGUCACGCAUGACGAAGGCAGCCCUCAAAAUAUUGGCUCUGGAUCCUCUCCGUUGCUAGCCGAGUCCUCGACGCCUACAGUUGUCCCGCUUACUGGUGCAAACCCCUCCAAACCGCCCAAUGUUCAAGGUAUAGGUCCAGUAGUAAGUGCGGCAGAAGAUUAUAUGACGGGUCACCAUCAUCAACCAUCCCUGAACGUAGAACAUUCCUCUCAGUCUGGCAAUCAGAAUAACGAGGAGGGUUUCCCGAACGUUGUGGGAUACGCUGGUCCAUCUAUGUACCCCGAUCACCUAAAUGCACCACCCCUCUAUACUGCUACUGAGGAGACAGCAGCGUACGCUGCCCACCCGUCGCAUCCUCAUCAUGCAGCUCUCUACCACGGAGCACCAUUUCAAUCCGGGGGCUUGGCAUUCCAGCAACGCCAACGGGGUCCGCUGGACAAAUUCCUCGAUUUUUGGCGUGACGCAGAAGGGGUUGGUAUGUUCGAGGAUUACACCGAAACCAUUGGCGUUUGCAAGCACUGUUUUGAACCGGGCACCUCUUCGCGCGACGCACCUCGAAAACAUUAUUAUAAACCCCGCCGUCGCUCUAGUGACCGCCACAGCAAUGGCUCUCGAGUGGACAAAGCUCGUCGUUACUCUUCUUCAGAGGACGAAGGUCGACGUCGCAAGAAAAUCUCCACAAGCUCCUGGCUGCCUACAGUGCUUGCUGGGUACACGCUCUUCAAGAACAAAGACUCUGAAAAUACUUAUAAUGUUCGAUCACGCCGACUCGUAAACCCGGCAUCUGAUAAUGAGAACCCAUCAAUGCCCGAGGAGGGAAGUCACACAUCUCGUGGCGUCUAUAGGCGCUCACCCCGCCACUCCCAUGAAGAUCCGCCAGACUACGGAUCUCGACGGCUGUCCCAGUCAAGCUCCCGAUCUUCGUCAAGGUCUAAGAAGCAUCCUGCACUCCAAAUUGCAGCUGACACAGUAACUGGGCCUACAAGUCAGCCACGCCGCAGCCGGUCACCGUGGAAGAGUAAAAGUCGGAAAUCCUCAUCUUCUGAAUCAUCUUUUGUGGAUAUCUCUAGACCAGCUAUGAAAUCUGGGGUAAAAGGCGUGAGCUCAUUUUUCACAGCCUAUUCUGAGAAUCGCAGGAAGUGGCAGGCUAAGAAGCGGAGAAGUAUAUUUUCAUUCAACAACUCGUCAUCAUCCUCUCUAGAUGCUGAUUUAGCAUUUGGAAAUGGUUAUGCCAAAAGACCACCAGGGAAAUCUAAGAAACGAAGCAAGAAGAAGGAUCACGACAAUGUCGAUGCGGCACUACUAGGAUUAAGGGAGAGAGCAGCUGUAAUGGCUGAUUCAGCUUACCGUCCGAGUCAACGGACAGGUGAGCGACUGGUGAAAAAAGGACCUACAUCCGCUCGUUUGGAUUAUUCGUCGUCUGCUACCAAUGACGAUGCUUGGGAGGACGUGGACUCAGGAGAUCAAUCGUCAUCCAGUGUUAGUUCAGCACUUGCUUUCGGAAGUAGUGGACUUUAUGGUAGUAAUGCGUCACCAUCUUCUGAUUCAGGUACAUCCUUGUGGGGCUGGAGAUGGGGCAACAGGAAGGGCAAAAAGCAGAAGAGAACGAGGUCCAACGCACCAGGGAGUCGUUUCCCUACUAAUGCUGCUGUAGCGGUGAAAACAUCCGAAUUAGCCCAUGGCUAUAACAAUCGAGGGAGACGUACCAGCGAGGACAUCGGAAAUGGUGCUGGGAACCUUCAACAUGUGGCUCCUGUGCCCACCAGCGAUCCUUCACACUUUGACGCUGUCAACGUAUGGCCUUCACAGCCGGCACUGAUUAGCCGAGAACCCAUCCCUCUUCAACAACCCCAACCGGUGGCACCGGUCUCUCAAGCUGUCUAUACUUCGCAAGGAGAGACAUUUCCUGCCUACACUACCCCACCUCGUCCUCCACCAUUUGCCAAUACCUUUACACAAUAUGACUACCAAGCUCAAGAUUCACGGGAUGGUCUUAGGGAGCAGGGAAUCCCCCUUUACCAUGAAUCGACUGAUAUGCCAUCAAAAGUUACCCGCCCCCCUCGACGAAGUGACUCAUCGCCUGUGUUUCACACGGAGUCUUUAGAGGGUACAUCGGGUGUGAAGCGUCGUUUUACCAUGAAAGACCAGGGUUCUGUACAGUUUGACCUUACUAGGGAGCAAACAGAUAGAGAGCGCCAAGCAGAUCACCUUGAGCGUCUGAAGCGUGAUUGUGGGCGCCAAGGAGUUCAACUCAUUGAUAGGGAGAGUGAGAUGGCGACAUGCGAGGAAAAGAAUAGACCAAGACGCUACUAUGAUGGGCACGGUGAUUCUGAUUAUGGCUCCCAGGAACAAUACGCACGAGGACCUCGAGCGGAGAGAGGCCCAGCACCGUGGGUUGAUCUAGGUACAGGUGUACUUUCCGGUCAAGGCUCUAACAGUGGCUCCUCCGAAUCCAGCCAGAGAAGUCAUUACGAACGGUCAGAGAAGCGGCGCGCAGAAAGACGCCGUGUGUCAGGUUCUGAAAUAUCAUCUGGCUUUCCCAUGCCUGAACGUUACAACGAUGGUGUUGGCCAGCGCCCGAACCAGGUCACUGGGCAAGACCAUGUUAAGACUUCAGUGUUUCGUGACAUUCCUCGCAAGAAGCCAGUACAUGAUGAUUAUGCACAAUUCUUCGCGCCUGAAGAGUUGCGGUAUAGCCCUGACACAUACGCGCGUCGGGAACCCGCUUCAGUGCCCACUAUCAUAGAAGUGGAGCCUGCAAGUCAAAGAAUAAAGGCAACAGAGGAGCCCCAUCCAAAAUAUCGCGGACUACCAUGGCCAGUUCCAGAGCUCAAGCUGGUUGAGCCUACACCUCCUCAAAGCCAGAGUGGCUCCGUCAGAGAUAUUGCCUCUCCGAUUCCAUCGCCGCCAGAGGUCUCCGAAGAUGAUAGGACAUCAAAGCGAUCAACAACAGGCUCCCGCGUAUCUUGGGGUAAGGAUGAGACUCGCGAAUAUGAAGUCCCAUCUACUUCCUCUGAACUCGACCCCGUCGAUCAUGACAUUGCGGCAGACCGAGGACAGGAAAAGCAGACUGAUAGUGAACCCGCCCGAGAUAUUGCGGCCAUCCAAGAAGAUCUGUCCAAAAACGCCACAGGCGAGUAUGAUCCUGAUAUUGAAGUCGCGGCAACAGCCGCUGCAGUUGCUGCAGCCUUGGGUGUUGAGCCCUCCUUUGUGUCGGAUAUCAGGGAAAAGCUCAUCUUUCCGUCCGGAGCUCGUGACUGUGCUGGUGGGGCGGCAACACCCGAUGAUGGAACGAAGCAGCCAAUUUUAGGGAAAUCCGUUGCUAACGGCCCACUUUACUCUGAGCCAGUGUCGGUGAGUGACGGUGUUAAAACGUUUCAUGACGAUCAACCUCCAUCAUCAAUUGCGCAAGAAGUGAUCCAGCAGCUCACCGGAGAGCAAGCACCUGAGGUGGGUGGACUUUCCGGAAGGGCUGUGGAAAAGCCGAAUGAGGAAUGGCAAACGUUGGUCUUUCGUGACAAGCGUUCUGGACCCGAGUCACCUCCAGAGGAAGUUUUGCAUAUGCCUAAUGGAUCCGAACUAGAGGAGUCAACCAGCCAGCGGGAGCCGCAUGGGUCUACACAAGAACCAGCUCAGGAUGAUUCAAUGUCAAUUAUCUCAGCUGCCAUACCUAGACAUAGUGAGAAACCGAUGGAGGAAGCUGGUUACCGCAAAGACAGUCGCGAACCUGACAUCCCUAGUAGAGCCAGUCCACCUGCCAUUGAAGAGGGCUCUACUAUUGGAAGGAAGAAGCCAAAGAAAAGACAUUCAAAGCGGGAUAGCGAUGCUUUCGAUGACUCCAUCUCUGUGAUAUCUUCCCCAGCCAGAGUUGGAGAGACUAGUGAUCGCGUCAGAAGUGCAGAUGAACAGACAAAAGAAAACAGGGCAGGUGGUCUCUUAAGUAAUAUAUUCGGCUCUAAAGUUUCUGAGCCGGUAGCAAGCGAUAGCUAUCCGUCUCGCGAGGUUCAGUCCGAAGUCGGGCCACCGGGUUCCGGGGAGUCUAGACGCCAACGAAGGGAGAAAAAGCGGCGGCAAAAGUACGGAGAAUUAGCAGACUUGGGUCAAUCAACCGAAAGUGAGAAGGACCGAACAAUAUCGCAAGACGGAGACGAUCAGCCGUCUUUUUUAGCUGGAAGCCCCGAAAUGCCAUACCAGGUUGGCGAUGGUGAUCGUGAAGGUGCUUCGGGGCAUUUUUCCUCGACCAAUGCAGAACUCACAGGAUUGGGACUAGAUGUUUUCGAACAGCGGCCAAGAAGUCGUUCGGCAUCACCCCCUGCAUCGGGGAGAUCUAUCGACCUAAGCCCGAAGUCUCAGAGUAGACCAAAUUCGCCUCAGUUAGGCCGGGGACACGAAGAGGUCCAGGGCCAGCAGUCGCGGCGGUCAUCCGGAGUUCGACCGACAGAUUCUCCUACCGCAGUCCCUUUGCACUUUCGUCGGCCCCCAACCACAUCACCACGGGCCCAUCGUUCGCCGUCAGCCGGCUCGAUUGCAGCGCCAUCCCCUGGCUCUCCAACAGGGCGUUCUCGGCGUCCAGCUUCUGGUGAAUUUAUAUACUCACGAGAGAUGCGACCUCUGUGGCUUGUCGAGCACCAUGGUUGCAAACAUGAAGCAGAGGCCGAGGAACCGUUACCUUCUCUACCAUCAAGUAAGACGUCAUCAGCAAAUGCAUCCGCCGAGAACCUCGCAUCUCUGCAGGACGAGAAGAACUGGGAAAAGCUUGAUUUGAGCCCCAGUAUUCAUAGAGACCAACGGCCUAUUGACGUUGAUAUGCCCUCUAAUCCUCAACACGGAGUGCUUGGUUCCGAGGAAGUAACACCUACUGCCGCAAAUUUCGGACAGAUGAAUACCAAUCAGCUACAUCGGAAGGAUAAGCCCAAGUACGAGUUUCAUUCUCCCUCUGAACUUCUCCAGGACCCAUCCACAUAUCCAGAGCUGCCCCCUUCUCCAACAAUGGGGCCUCUUCCUUCUGCCGAGGGCUCUGCAGUCGGCGUAAAAGGCGAUGGCGGGCUAGAGCGUAGCCUGGAUAACCUUCCACCUCUACCUAUGUCCCGACCUUCUACUCCUGAAAAUGAACAACCUCGUGCUUCGGACGCUGCUGAAGGAUAUCCGACUGGAGAGCUGAUAGCUCCUGGCCUUGGAGCGCCGAGAGCCUCCGGAAAUGAUACUCCUUACGCAGAUGUCGACACGCCUAAGAUGAAGGUACUGGACGGCGAUCUACCGGAUCUUCAGCCAUCUGACGAGAAAACACUGACAAAAGCCACCCAGGGUAGCAUUGAGUCAGGCGAUGCUCUAAUGUCUCAUAAAUCAACUUCCCGGGGUCUGCCAGACGAGGUUGUUCCUGUGCUUCCAGCUGUCCAAAUCCCAAUGACCGAUGCACUAGAGAAAAGUAGAGAGGAUCCAGGACAUGCUGCUACCAGCCCCGUUGACGUUGUCAAUGUCGCAAUUGCAGAUCCUUUGCUACUUGCUGAUGAGGAAUGUGCAUUAUCUGCCGAACCGUUACAAGCUGUAACUACUGACGAGACAAAGAUGGGAAUCACUGCUACAACAGAUGAGAAAGCACAACCACAAGAGGCACAGCCUGGAAUUCAAACUGAGUCACAAAAGUCUGGAACGGGAGAUAAUGUGCCAUUGGCAAACGCCGAGGCUAAACUUGAGUCUAAUCCUAACCUCACUUCUGCCAAGAUUACGUCUGUUGAAGAUGAAGAAACAGAGAUUGUUGACGGAGCAACUGUGACAGGAUCACCCGAGCCGACAACUGGGAGCACAGACAAGCCUGCCGAUGAAGCAGUUCAAGCGCCCACUGAAGAACUAAUAGUGGAUCCUCCUUCGCCACGUUUAUCGAAAAAGAAGAAGAAAAAAGAUAAAAAGAAAAAUUCCAAGAGCGUGAAUAUACAUGAACAGGAGCUACAAGAUACGGCAGCCACAGCUCGUGAAGUCCCUUCAACCCCCGAAGAUGCUGAGAAAAUGGAUGGAGCAAUUACUCCAGGAGAAUCUUCAACUGAACAGAUUUCUCCACCAGAUGGUACCGAGAAAGUUCCAGAAGUUGAGCUAGAGUCCGCCACAGACCUCUCCAAGCCAGACGAGGCAGCCAAUGUACAAGCACCUGUGGAUAUGCCUGUUUCUGAACCCCAGCCUGUUGUAGAUACUACCAAAACCGAAGACGCACUUGUUGCUGAAAACGAGCUUAUUGUGAAGGACCUCAAAGCCGGGGAAGAAACGGGUACACAAGUAAUUGAGAGACGCCCGCUUUCGAACUGGGAGCCUACUGUCCAGGCCGAAAACCUACAAAACGUCGUUGACCUAGCGGCAUCCAUAAAUCCAUCUGAGCAUGAGCCUUCUUUGGAGAUACCGCAGGCAGAAGAUGCUCCCCUAGCUGCGGAUACUUCAGCAACUGAACAGAAACCUGAUUCAGAGGUCUUGGGGACGGAUGCGGCGCGGGCAACGCAGGCACCCCAGGCUACUACGGUCCCAGUGCAAGGGUUAUCCAAAGCCGAAGAUACUCUUAUCAUUACAGAUGUCCUUUUGCCUGAGCAGGCGAUGCCCAAGGCAGAAGACGACGCUCACCAGGAAAGCGUAGAAUCGGAUAUAAUAUUGGAUCCUAAUGCGAAGCGAACGUCUACUGAGAGAGAAGCAGCCGCAAAUACAGAUGUCCCUACCAACAUUUUAGAGAGUGACGAGGACAGGAGGAAAGAGAGCAAGAGCUUUGAUGCAAAUGAGAGCGCCAAAGAUCUUGGUGAGGCGGAAAUCGUGACGUCCAGCAACACUGAACCAGUGAUUACUUCGCAAGCAGGUGAAGAGCCUUCAAUAUCUAUCAUUGAUGAUUAUCAGCCUGUGAAAGAAGCUUUACUUCGUUCCGAAGAAGAAAUCACCUCCAGCGCUGAACAUCCCGUUCAAAGUACAAUGGAGGGAGCUGAAACCCUGGAUGUUAGACGGCAGGGUGCUGUCCUGCCUGAGACACCCUUUGAACACGCAGGGGAGCUUGACAAACAAGAUAAAGAAUACCGACAGUCAGAACCACAAGACUUGACAGAACAUAAUGCCUCCGCUCGCGAUGAAGCCCCGGGAGUUGUCUAUGAACCUAGCACUGCAGUGCUCGAGCAGCCUAUGGAAGCUGCGUCUGUGCGUGGCCUUGGCGGUAACAAUAGUCCUGCAGUAGAUUUGCAGGAGGGGUUAACCACCGAAAUGAGUACCGUUGACCCUGCGCCGGUCGAAUCUGAACCCGGACCAUUACAAUUGGAAAGUGAGCGAGCUACCACAACAGAAGAGGCCAAAGCACCAAUGGAACCGGGCUCCGGAAAGAUACCGCCAGAACAACAGCAGAUGCAGGGCAUUCCUGCGCCUGUUGAACCAAUAUCUUCUCCCGAGCAGGCGGCUGAAAUUGAUGAGGCUGGUACAAGAGAUACUGACGUUACCGACACGCCAACUGAAACUUUCUUGUCGCGACGAAGCAGCAAGAAGAACAAGAAGAAAAGUAAGCGCGAUAGUGCUACGGAGCCACCCGUGGAGAAAGGGACGGACGAUGUCCCACCUGGUGUGCCCUCUAAUGAAGAAGCCAUUCCCCAGGUGGGAGACGAACCUGCUGUGCCCCUCAAAGACGAGCCUGAAGCAAGGCAGCCCGAGGAAGCCCCGGGUAAUGUAUAUAAGGGUGCUAUGGACGUUUCACCUGAAACAACAGCAGGUGCCGCUGCAGAUACACCAGCUGAGUCUCAGGAUGCUGGCUUGGUGGAGACAGGCCAGAAAGCCGGCCCAGAGGAAGCUCCGGAGGGACAGCCAAUGAAGAAGGGCAAAAAGAAAAAGAAAAAUCGCAAAUCCAUAUCUUCUGAUUCUCAAGCUGUGGCCGAUGCGGAGACCCGACGUCCACCCUCCGCUGAGGGGCUUCCUGCCGAGACCCUACUGACGGAAACAAGCGGUGUGGUUCAUCCCACGGAUGGCAGGCAGAUACCACAGGAAGCUACUGCGACUAAAGAGGUAACAGAGACGACUGAAGCAGUAGACGCUAUUCCAGCAGCAGAAAAUGAGUCCAAUGUAUCUGUGGAGAACCGCGCUGAGACCAAUGAUAGUACACCACAUAUGGUUGAGCAUGUCCCAGACGACCCUGUGCCUGACCCCGAACCUGAAGCAGCGGAAUCUACAGCGACAGACAAGAAGAACAAGAAAAAGAAGAAAAAGAAACAAAGCUUGCAGUCCGCACCCGACGCUCAUGUAGAAGCUGCUGAACCCACGUCGAGCGCAGAAGUCGCAAAUCCAAACAUAGACGGUGCUGUUGCUACCGAAAAGGCCCCAGCUAUGGAGGGUCAAGAACUAGUUCUGGAGGAGACCACUGGAGGCGAACAGGCUUUCGACGUAACCGAAGCCGCGGAAGACACGGCUUCACCAGGAGCAGCGUCCGGAAUGACUGCAGCUCAAAAGAAGAAGGCUAAGAAAGAAAAAAAGAAGCAACGCAAAUCCGCUUUGUUGGAUGAACCACCAGCUUUUGACCCCGCUUCUGAUCCGAGCCCAGAAAAUGCUUCUUUAGAACUUGACCUAACCUCUGUUGGAGAAACUGCCUCUGUCAAAGGACCUGAGGCACAUGAUGCUUCAAUUGAGAGACCGACAGUUGUAGAUGAGCUGGCGAGUGAACAACCUCGGGUUGAAACGGUCACAGAUACAGAACCCGACGUUGCGUUGAAAGAGGACUUGAACGAGCGAUACCAAGAACCUGCGCAGCAAGAACCCAAAGAAACGCCCACAGACAAUACUGGUAUUUCAGCAAUUGAAGCAGGAAAUUUAGAGCUCGGCCAAGCACAGCUUACAGAUCAUACACCUUCCGACUUGGAAGGUACCCCUGCGAAUGAAGAGCAUUCAGGAGCCGAUACUGUGGAAAGACACACGGUUGGAAGUUUGGGAAUUGAACAAGAGGCCACACUUGAAAAGCCAGCUGAGAUAGAGCCUGGCAACUCCACGCUCGAUGCUGCACCAACUAUGACUGCGGACACGGCUCUGGAGCAACCUAAGGAAGAAGCACCAAGCGAUGAAGCUGCCCCAUCACACACUGCAGAUGCCGAAGUCUCCUUGGCCGAUGUUAUGCCACAAGACGCUCCAGAGCAACCUCAGAAGGGGAUUCUUAGUGAUGAAGCUGCCCCAGAACAGACUGAAGUUACCCAGGUCUCCUUGACUGACGUUAUGACGCAAGACGCAGUUAUUGAGGAAGCUGGAGCUUUUACUUCCAAGAGGUCUAAGAAGGAUAAAAAAAAAAAGAAGAAACAACAGUCAAAUUCCUUGGAAGAUGAUCAGCCUGCGGCCACUAGGGAAGGGAUUGUAGAAGAGCCUUCUGAUGCACGUUCGGAUUCACUUGAAAUUUCCGGGCAACCACAACUUUCUCUCCCUGAUAAUGUUGCAGGAGAGCCACAAUAUGCCUUUUCUGAAAAGCCUACGCAACAGUCGGAAAUAAAUAAGCCCGAGUCCGCUGAGUCUCCAGAACAGGCCGACCUCACAGGGCCUGUAGAGUUGGAACCUAUGGCGGAUACCCAGGAAUCAAUCUCCAAGAAGAAGGCCAAGAAGGAUAGGAAAAAGCGCAAGUCUGUUUCUUUCUCAAACAACGAACAGGAGGCUCCCACGAAGUCAUCUGAAACCACGGAAGCAACAGGAGCGAGUCGGCAUGUUACAGAAGCUAGCCAACCUCCAGAGCAGACAAAUAAGGAAAUGGCAGAAGCCAGUGCCCUAGUUCAACCAAGCCAGGAAAAUGUUGAUAGCACUACUGCCGACGAGGUACAGCCUGGAGAAACAGCUGCAGACCUACCCAAAGACAUUUCUAUAGUCGCACUUGGGGAGGAUGGUUUAGAGUCGAACAAGGAGGUCGUACCACACGACGAACAAGUUACUCAGCUGUACAAGGAUUCUGUUACCGAAGCACAAGCCAGCACAUUAGGGCCCAUAGACCCUGAUCCUAUUGGUCAGACGCCUCCAAUGGCGACAGAGCCAGUAAAUGAAACUACAGUUCCUGGAGCAGGAGGAUAUACCAAUGAUGAUGCUUCAGUGAUAGAAUCCCCUGGGGAACAAGUACAGCAGGAUGCAAGCAUUCUGACCGCGCCAGAGCUUAGCGGGAAACAUGAAGUCGAGUCCUCUCCAGAAGCGCCUGUACCUGAAACACCCUCUACUUCCGUGCAGGAAUCUACCGUGGUAGUCCAGGAUGCUGAACAAGAGGGUGCCCCCCCAAAGGCAAAAAAAGACAAGAAGAAGAAAAAGAAACGCAAGACCCAAGAAACAAUUGAGAACGAGGCAACUGUCGUACCUGAAUCAAGCAUCGAAGAGGCACCCGUGCAAGCUGAAGAGGAUAACUGUGCUGCAGCUCCGGGGAUUAUCGAAGAGGCAAUUGAGCCAAACAAUGUUGCGAAGGCUUCCGAAAUUUCCAGUCAAGACGUGCCAUCUUUGAUGCCGGAGAGUAUUGUCGAACAUACGCGAGCUGAAACCGAACAGGCAGUUGAUGUUACUGUUCACGAAAUGAAGGAGUCGGAAGGAACCGAACAGCAGGCGAGGGAGCAGCCUGAAGAUCCCCAGAAUGAUGGCGCACCGGUUAUGUCGGCGAAAGAAAGGAAAAAGGCGAAAAGGAAGGAAAAAAAGCGCCAGUCAAAAAACCUGGAUGGUAGCAGUGCUGCCCCCAAUGCCGCGGCGGAGUCUGCCUCAAUUGUACCGGAAGAAAAGACUCAAGGUCCCUUGAUAAAUGCGAGCACCACUUCAGCUGAAGAUGGCACGCAUGAUGCAACCGAAAUCCAAGUCUCCGCUGAAUUGAAACCCUCAGACCCUUCGGUUGAUACGGCAACCCCACCUGCUGAAGAUGACGGUAAAGAAAAUCAGUCCCACGGCACCGAGUCCCACGGCGAGAACGAUAAGAAUCUGUUUUGGACUGAUCACAUGGUAUCUUCGCAGGUAGAUCAACGGCAAGCCACUCCCUUCGACUCUCCCAUCCAACCCGUGCUUGAGAAUCCCGAAGCCGAAAAAGUAGCUGUCUCCGGCGAAUCAGUCCCACUGUCUGAGGAAAUUGAGGUAGGAACUGAGGAUCAUGCGUCAAUGACGGAGCAGGAGGCCACUAGCGAGGUAGAUAGGGUUUUCCUUGAGCACCUGCCUACUGAAGGCUUUUCAGCGGAGGCAGACGAAAGUGGCAAGACACUUACGCCAAUUGGGGACGAGUUAGCGAGUCAGCGAGACACGACUACGGAAAUCACGGGCCAAGGGACUAUGAAAGAUACGACGCCGGCCCAGACGGAUGAGAAGCUUGAAGAAAGGGAUAAAGAAGCUGUGCUUGAAGCAUCUCUCGCUGCUGUUGAGGUACCGGACGCUUCCGUGGACGGUCCACAAGCAACAAAUGAAAGAGCCGUUUCUCUCUCCCCUGCUGAAGCUGGCGAUCCCGAAGACCUGCGAGAGGCAAGCAACAGUUUAGCUAUUGACGUCGAGAAGCUUGAAGCAACAGCGCCUUGGAAGGAAUUACAUCAGGAGCAACGAUCAGAAGAUCCUCAACCAGAGCAUACUUUUUCUGAGUCUAAUCUAUUCUCUACAACAUUGCCCGAACAUGGCACGCGCGAAGCCAAAAAAUCGGAACUGCAAGUGGGCAGCGCUGGACCAGCCCAUGCAAGUGACGCAAAGGAAGACGAGACUGCGAGCCCUAGAGAAACGAGACCGGAAAGAGUUGAUCUCGUUUUAGACUCACUAACAGCGGAAGAGUCUCACUGCGGUGGUGCAGAGAUGGCUAACGCGUCGAAGUCUGCCAAGGAGGCCUCGAGUGAGAUACAGGCAGAGCCCGGGAACUGUUUGUCAGUUGGCUCAGGCGAGGAGAACAGGGAUGUGUUAGAUACAGCAGGAGAGAAACCAGAUGACAUAGAGACAAUCGCUGAACUUUCGGAAACCAAUAAAGGGGCAACAUUAGAUCCCGUGGAAUCCUUGGGUUCAGGAAGUCAACCAUUCGCGGAGAAGGAACAACUGCAAGCUAACAAUGAACCUACACCCGAACAGUUGAGCCACAAAGAACUGACUGAUGGUGCUAAAAAAGGUGAAGAGGAAAAUAUGACGCAGCCUUUGGACCAUAACGCGUCGAAAAAACCGAAGAAGAAAGCGAAGAAACAAGCCAGAGAAACGUCAAUAGAAACCGCUAGUUCUUCACUUGCCGAGUCCAAAAGAGAAAUAAAUGCAGAAAGCGGCCCUGAAACAAUAGUCGGCUCCUCGGCAAUGGCUGAUGCCGCUGAAUCCAGCUUGGCACCUGAAGAAAAGCCCAUGCAGGGCCAAGAAGUGCAAGGUCCACAGCGCGAGCCAGGCGUAUCGAAGCCGGCAUUCGAGGCUGUAUCUACAACCGAAGAAAGAAGUCCAUCUAUGGCUAGGGAGUGCCCUGGCCAGACUCAGGCCACGCAUGAGUUACAGGAGGGAGAGGGCAAAGACGCUGAAGCCCAGAUAAAAUUGAGCAGUCAGACUUCCGAGGGAUGCGAUCUUGAGGCAGCCAAAGAUCGGACUGGAGGGCAACCCACGCAACAAGAAACUCCAGUUCCCAGGACUGUAUCAAAAGAGGAGCAAGAGAGGUCUAAGCAAGAGGCUGAGCUGCAGGUUCCUGAGCAAACAGAGCAACCAGCAUCAGGGCUUAAUACCGAGUCUGCUGAGGGGGGCCUACUUAGUCAGGAAGCAAAGCCAGAGAGUUCGGAGCCUCCAAUGGCUGAAGCAACCAGCGCAGAAGAUUUUCCUUCUGAAACAUCAUCUCGCGAGAACAAGCAGAAGAGUGAAGAUGACAUGAGCGUAGAGACCAAGGAGCCAGAAGAAACUGGAAGUGUUAGUGAAGAUGCAAACGUGAGGCCUUCCCAAAACCAGUGUCAUUCGGAGACAUUGGUAACGGAGAGGUCUGCAAAGGACAAUGAAUGGCCUUUGAUAGAUUGGGAGAAGGAAAGAGUCGAUGCUUUAGAACAGACUCCCCAAUCUUCACCUGAAGCUGUCGCGGCCCCAUUUGAGCCAGACGAGUCGGCUGAAGCCAUAAAGGCGAAGGCAAAUAUGGGGCCGCAAGGACAAGGUUCUGAGGCAAAGCUUGCGACUCCAGAAGCAAUUGUCGAAACAGCGGAGUAUGUUGCUGACCAAUUGGUUCCAUCAACGGAGGAGCCCGGAACGGAGCCAGUCUCGAAAGCGACCCGAGAGCAUACCCUAGACGAUGCAGAAGGCUCUAUUCCCGGGAAGCAGGCGAUGGGAGGCCCUGGCUCGGUUUCCCGGAAGCAAAGCAAAAUUGCCAGUAUAUUCCCUAACUUGGAACGAGGGGCAUUUCGGCGACCUAUCACCACCGAGUCGUCGGAGUCAGUAAAAGAUGGGGCUGAGGAUGAGACCAAUGACCAAGGAGUGAGUCGCGGAGACGCGAUGCAGGUCUCGGAAGCACUCAUCGCUACCACUGAUGGUAAGGACAACGACCACUUGGCGAAUGCACUUGUGAGUUCAGAGCGACCGACUACUGCUACGCUAGAGGACCUCCCAGAAGAGGCUACGAUUCAUGAUAUCCAAACGCCAGUUGCAUCUCGUUCAGUUCAAGGAGACCACGAUGACUCUAAGGAUGUUCGAUAUACACAAGCUGAAUUAACUGAGACAGAUUCUCUUUCGCGGGAAAUUCCAUUAUAUGCGCCAAUACCAAUCCACGAGCAACCGUCUGCAUUUAUCAGCUCCUCGUCGAAUGCUAUGUGUAUAGAUCGGCAAGCAAGCCCCGAGUCUCUCUCUAAGCUUGGCUGCAGCCCUUCAAUCCAGAGAACGUGCGAUCCUUCCCCGUGGCCAAAGCCAUCUGAAGAAAAUACAUCACCUGCACAACCAAACAGCACACUGCCAUCCUCAGCCUUUGGGGUGCCAUCGGUGGUAGAAAGAGGCGCAAUCUCCCCUCCACGGACCCCAUUGCAACCUAUUGCAGAACAUGGACCAGUUGAUCGGACAAGGACCCCCAUAGGAGCCAUGCGUCAGGGACACGGAACGUCCUGCUUGGAGAUGAAGCCAGAACAUGUGCUUCCGGCGCCCGAGACACCGGUCAGGAAAUUUACAGACAACGCUCUGGCGCGCCAGGCAUGGCCUACACUUGACAGGGAUGAAGACCAAGACUUUCACAUCAGGAAGCGUGGUUCGGCCCGAUCUAUUGACCGCGAAUGGCCUGCGGAAGCCGUUCAAACACCGGAAAGAGGCAUACCAAUCCUGAGACCGAGCAGUAUCAGUAGCAUUAAAAGCGUGCACAGCGCACACUCCCAGCGGUCGCUACGACGGAUGGAUCGCAGCGCUGGCAGCGAUUUGCGGGCGGCGAGCCAAGCACAAAGGGGCGCCCGCCAAUCAUCGCGCAGCCCCCAGCCACCACCUGUCGAGGCCCCUCCUUCCGACCUCAAUAUUGAGCACAUAGCUUCCUCCUCUUCCUACGACCCCGUCACCGAUAAGGGCAAACGGCCCCUGCGAGCCAUGACCGAUGUUUACGAGGGUUGGGGGGAAACGCCGAACUCACCUCGGUCGCCUAGCCGACCGCCCAGCAUCCGGCACCGUCGAAGCAUGCAACACCUACAAGAACUUGAGACUCGCCUCGACCAACUCAUAUCAGAAAAUCGCUUACUUGUUGCUGCGCGAGAAGCUGCUGAAGACAAGCUCCGCAAUGCAAGUGUUGCUCGUCGCAAGAGUGACCAUGCGCUCAACGAGCGAGCUGCAGACUUGCGAGACAGGGAAGCUGAAGUGGAACAACUCAAGAAUUCAGUAGAAUGGCUUCAGAAAGAAGUAUCUCGGUUGACUGAAGAAAACGAAGGGCUGACUGUUGCGAACUCCAACAUUACCGUCGCCCAUGCUGCCGAGAUUCAAACCAUACGGGCGUCAUCAAACCGUGAGCUAGACGAUUUGCGCCUACAGAACCAGCAGUUGUCGAACGAAAUGCAAGAUAGAGUACGUCAGCAGAUCGAUGCGGCACUGACUCAGAAAAAUAUGGAGCUGCGCAGGUUGCGAGAGGACUUGGAGAGCGCCCGGGACAAAGUGAAGGAACUACAACAACAGAUCGCCGCAUCCGUGCAAGAUAGCGUGUUAGUCUUCAGGGAUGAGGAUUACUUCGACGCAGCGUGCCAAAAACUGUGUGGCCAUGUUCAACAAUGGGUGCUACGCUUCUCUAAACACUCCGACCUGCGCCGCUGUCGCAAGCUCGACGAUCUUCAGGACGAAAAAAUAGCAGACCGGUUUGAAAAUGCUAUACUGGAUGGAUCCGAUACUGAUGUCUAUCUCUCUGACCGGGUUCGUCGACGCGACGUAUUUAUGUCGGUGGCAAUGACAAUGGUGUGGGAGUUUAUUUUCACUCGCUACCUGUUCGGCAUGGACCGUGAACAACGGCAAAAGCUCAAGUCUCUUGAAAAACAGCUAGGCGAGGUAGGCCCGCGCGGUGCAGUUCAUCGUUGGAGGGCUACUACCCUAAGCCUUCUCUCAAAACGAUCUACUUUCGCCCGCCAGCGUCAAAACGAUACAGAAGCUGUGGCCUUGGAGAUCUUUGAGACGCUGUCACGUCUUCUUCCACCACCGAGCAAUGUAGAGCCCCAGCUUCUAGAGUCCCUGCGCAAGGUACUGAGGGUUGCAGUCGACCUAUCUAUUGAAAUGCGCACGCAGCUGGCGGAAUACAUCAUGCUCCCUCCACUACAACCUGAGUACAAUACCAACGGCGACCUUGCACGAAAAGUCUAUUUCAAUGCGUCCCUAAUGAACGAGCGCAGCGGCGAAACUACUUCAAAUGAGGAGUUGGAGUCCCAACAAGCUGUGGUCCGGGUUGUCUUGUUCCCUUUGGUAGUGAAGAAGGGCAAUGACGCAGGUGAAGGCGAAGAUGAAGUAGUUGUUUGCCCGGCGCAAGUGCUCGUUGCACGUUCUCCUAAAGAUAAGAAGGUUACCAGAAUGCUCAGUGGUGACCGAAUGUCCCUGGAUGGCACCAGGUCAAUUCACAGUAUCGCUCCGUCGUCGACCAUGGACAUGAGCAAUGUGAUUUGA